UCUUCUUGGUGACGUAUCCGGCACGUGACAGGGUGUCAUGGCGGCGCCCAUGCAGGCGUGACUGUCGUGGGUGAGAGGGCGAUCGAGGCGACGCGGGGAGACGCCGCGAUGCAGACGCAGCUGCCACGACGAGUGCCGCUCCUCAUCUCCGUGCUCCCGGGCCUCGCGGGGUCAUCACAGGGCCUCGUGGGAGCCCCUGGGUGCCUGGGCCCUUGCCGCCGCCUCCUCCUGCUGCCCACCGGCCUCGCCUCCUCCCGUGCAGGGGUCAGCUCCUGGGCCCGACUGCUCGCGCAGCCGCCACGGGCGGGGGCCAGCGGCGGGACCGCGACCCCUCGGGUGAACUGGGCCGCCCAGGCGAAGAGGCUCUACGGGCGCAAGCGACAGGCGGCGCCGCGAGUCGUGGCUACCAGUCAGCUGGAUGACUUACCCCCGACUGCCACCAAAUACGGCUUUGAGGGCCUGAGUGAGCUACAGACGGCCGACGAGUGCGUGCGGAGGCUGCUCUCGUUGGAGCUGGGGAGUCACAGUGACAAGCUGAAACUCAAGAAGCAGCAGUACAUCGCCCUGGUGCAGCGGAGCCCCGAGGAUCGCAGCUCCACCGAGGUUCAGAUCGCAGUCCUAACGGCGAGGAUCCGGAAUUACAGCGAGCACCUGGUCCAGCACCCGAGGGACAAGACCAACAAGCGCUACAUGCUCAUGGCGUCCGACAGACGCAAGAAGCUUCUCAAGUACCUGCGGCGGACGCGCUACGACCGCUUCGAGCACACGUGCACGGCGCUCAACAUCUCGUUCCAGCUGCCGCCGGCGUACCACCGGCGCGCCUCGCGCCGCUGGGUCGCCAAGAAAGCGCUCGUCGUGAGGGUUCGUCAGCUUGUUAACGAGCGGCGCUACCGGGCCCGCCAGGAGGCCCGCGCACAGGCGGCACAGGCGGCGCAGGCGGCGCAGGCGGAGCAGGCGGCUCCCCCGUGUGAAGGGAGCGGCUGAGAGCUCGGCUGCCGGUGCUCACACGUCCCGGUGUCCCCACUCUCGUCUCACGCGCUCCCCUCUCGUCGCGUCUGUCCUUAAGAGACCCAGAGACCCACAGACUCAGAGACCCACAGACUCACGUAGAGACCCACAGACUCACGUAGAGACCCACAGACUCACGUAGAGACCCACAGACUCACACAGAGACCCACAGACUCACACAGAGACCCACAGACUCACGUAGAGACCCACAGACUCACACAGAGACCCACAGACUCACACAGAGACCGACAGACUCACACAGAGACCCACAGACUCGCGCAGAGACCCACAGACUCACGUAGACACCCAGACUCACGUAGAGACCCACAGACUCGCGUAGAGACCCACAGACUCACGUAGAGACUCCCUCCCCCGUCUGUGUGCGUCUCGUCUCCCGUGGCGUCUCGUCUCCCGGGGCGUCUCGUCUCUCGCGGCUUGUCCCGUGGCAUUGCGCAAUAAAAUAAUUGCUCGAUUCUU